CUCCGUCGGUCCCGUAUGUGCGUGAUUCACCUGCUCAGACACUCCUGAAGAUCCGCUGAAGUUUAAGACGGUCGGUCUGGAAGUGUUUUAUUCCGGUCUGGAUGAGUCAAUGUCUCUGUUCUGGUCAUUUAAUCUGUAGCAGUUCCACAUGAUCACUGCUGGAAUGACACACACUGAACUCCAUAACGAGCAGUCACACUCUCCAUGAACAGGAACUGGUGAGACAGGUGCAGAAGAUCUUCAUGAUGGAUGAAAGUGCUGUGAAUGAGUCUAAUGUGAAAGUGGCGGUCCGGGUGCGACCCAUGAACAGGAGAGAACGAGACUUAAAGACAAAAUGUGUAGUGGACAUGGAAGGAAAUCAGACCAUCCUGUACCCGGCCAAUGGAAACCUGGGAAAGGGCGACAGCAGGAGCAAACCAAAGGUUUUCGCAUAUGAUUAUUGCUUCUGGUCUAUGGAUGAAGCUGAGGCAGCCAAAUUUGCAGGUCAGGAUGUGGUGUUUCAGUGUCUUGGAGAGAGUCUUUUGGACAGCGCUUUCCAAGGAUACAACGCCUGUAUAUUUGCAUAUGGGCAAACAGGCUCAGGAAAGUCGUACACGAUGAUGGGAGCGGCCGAGCAGCCGGGUCUGAUCCCGCGACUCUGCAGUUCUCUGUUCCAGCGCAGCGUACAGGAGCAGAGGGAGGGCGAGAGCUUCACCGUGGAGGUGUCCUACAUGGAGAUCUACAACGAGAAGGUGCGAGACCUUCUGGAUCCCAAAGGGAGCCGGCAGGCGUUGAGGGUCCGGGAGCAUAAGGUGUUGGGGCCGUAUGUGGACGGUCUGUCCCGCCUCGCUGUGACCAGCUACAAGGACAUCGAGUCUCUGAUGUCGGAGGGGAAUAAAUCCCGCACUGUGGCGGCCACGAACAUGAACGAGGAGAGCAGCCGCUCGCACGCUGUCUUCAACAUCAUUCUGACACACACGCUCCGAGACCUGAAGACUGGGACGAGUGGAGAGAAGGUGAGUAAACUCAGCCUGGUGGAUCUGGCCGGCAGUGAGAGAGCUGAUAAAACUGGAGCUGGAGGAGAAAGACUCAAAGAAGGCAGCAACAUUAACAGGUCCCUCACAACUCUUGGACUGGUGAUCUCGGCGUUGGCGGAGCAGGGCGCAGGAAAAAACAAGAGUAAAUUUGUUCCGUACAGAGACUCCGUGCUCACGUGGUUACUGAAGGACAGUUUAGGAGGCAACAGUCGCACCGCUAUGGUUGCAACGGUGAGUCCAGCGGCCGACAACUACGACGAGACUCUGUCUACACUACGGUAUGCCGACCGGGCCAAAAGCAUCGUUAAUCACGCCGUGAUUAAUGAAGAUCCAAACGCCAGAAUCAUCAGAGAGCUGAGAGAGGAGGUGGAGAAACUCCGCAGCCAGCUGACCGAGGCUGAGUCAAUGAAAGCUCCUGAGCUCAAAGAGAGGCUGGAGGAGUCCGAGAAGCUGAUCCAGGAGAUGACUGUGAGCUGGGAGGAGAAACUCAGGAAGACUGAGGAGAUCGCACAGGAGCGACAGAAGCAGCUGGAGAGUUUGGGAAUUUCUCUGCAGUCGUCUGGGAUCAGAGUCAUUGAUGAUAAAUGCUUCCUGGUCAACCUGAACGCAGACCCCGCUCUCAACGAGCUGCUCGUCUAUUACUUAAAGGAACACAUUACUCGUGUGGGUUCUGCAGACUCUCAGGACAUUCAGUUGUGUGGUUUGGCAAUUCAACCGGAGCAUUGUGUUAUAGACAUCAAACUAGAGACGGGAGUCACGCUCAGCCCGAAGAGAAACGCUCGCACAUGUGUGAACGGCGCUGUGGUCUCGUCUCCCGUCCAGCUGCAUCAUGGGGAUCGAAUCCUCUGGGGAAACAACCACUUCUUCAGGAUCAGCGUGUCGAACGUGUAUCGUGUUGGUGUGGAGGAUGAGGAGGGGAGUGUGACGAAGGCUGGUCUUCACGCUGAGCAUCUGGAUGUGGAUCGUCUCAGUCACGCCUCCAGUGACAACAGCUUCAGUUUUGAGUCGGCACAGACCGAAGUCAUGAUGAAAGCGCUGGGAAGCGACGAGCCGCUGCAGUCGGUGCUUCACUCUCUGGAGCGCAGGCAUGAGGAGGAGAAGCGCUUGGCUCUGGAGCGACAGCGGAUGAUGUACGAGCAGGAACUGCAGCAGCUGCGCAGACGCCUGUCGACAGAGCUGCAGACGCAGCACCAGCACCAGCGCAGCAGCGAGCAGCUCAAUGCCAGCCUGGGCUCCUCUCGGAGCGCACUGCGCCAGUGGAGUGACGGGAGAGAGGUUUUGAUGAAUCAAAGUCUGCGUAAGCUCAAAGAGCAGAUCGUGAAGGCCAAUCUGCUGGUUCGGGAGGCUGGAUUCAUCUCUGAAGAGCUCAACAAGAAAACCGAAUAUAAAGUCACACUGCAGAUACCGGCUGCAAACCUCAACGCCAACCGCAAGCGGGACACGGUUCUGAGCGAGCCGGCGGUGGAGGUGAGGAGGAAGAGCAAAGGCAAGCAGAUCUGGUCCGUGGAGAAGAUGGAGAACCGGCUGCUGGACAUGAGAGAGCUCUAUCAGGAGUGGAAAGACUAUGACGAGGACAAUCCUGCCAUGUGCUCCUACUUCAAGCGUGCCGAUCCGUUCUUCGACGAGCAGGAGAAUCACAGUCUGAUCGGUGUGGCCAACGUCUUCCUGUCCUGUCUGCUGUAUGACGUCAAGCUGCAGUACGCAGUUCCCAUCAUCAACCAGAAGGGAGAGGUGGCGGGUCGGCUUCACGUAGAAGUGGAGCGUCUGAGCGGAGAGCUAGAGGAGUGUGAGACGGGAGGCUCGGAGAUCAGUCCAGACGGCGAGACGCAAGAACGCAAACUCACCUGCAUGAUCAAGGUGUUGCAGGCGACAGGAUUGCCUCAGCACCUCUCCAACUUCGUUUUCUGUCAGUAUCAUUUCUGGGAGCAGCAGAAACCCGUGUUUAUCGCCCCGGAAGUGGGUCUGACGGCCCCCAGCAGCAGAGAGCCACAGAGUCUGGUGAUGUUUGACAACUGCAAGACUCUAGAAGUGGCCGUGACUGAAGACUUUCUGGAGUUUCUGAUGGAGGGCGCCGUGGCGGUUGAAGUUUAUGGUCACAAACAGGCAAAUCCGCGCAGGAAUCUGGCUCUCUGGGACCUGGGGGUGAUUCAGGCAAAGACUCGCUCUCUCAGAGAGAGGUGGAGUGAAGUGACCCGCAGGCUGGAGCUCUGGGUUCAGAUCCUGGAGCUGAAUGAUGCUGGAGAGUUUGUGCCGGUGGAGGUUCAGUCAGCUAAGGACGUCUGCACAGGAGGAAUAUUUCAGCUCAAACAGGGUCAGUCCAGGCGUGUUCAGGUGGAGGUGCGUUCGGUCCAGGACUCCGGCACCAUGCCUCUGAUCUGUGAGUCUGUGCUCAACGUCUCCAUCGGCAAUGUGGAAGUCCAUCAGAUUCGAACUGGCAAAAGCACAGAGACCCAGAGGGUGGGAGAUAAAGAUGUGGACAGUUAUCAGGAGGUUGAUCUGGAGAGACUGAGAGCUCGGUGGCUCACAGCUCUAACUGAACGACAGGAAUAUCUGGACCAACGUCUUCAGAAACUUGUUGGCAAGCACGAUAAGUCAGAAGAGGAUGUGGAGAGCGAGUCGCAGCUGCUGGAGUGUCGUCUGACGCUAACGGAGGAGAGAAACGCUGUGCUGGUGCCCUCUGCUGGCAGCGGUAUCCCAGGAGCCCCGGCAGAGUGGGCUCCUGUGCCAGGAAUGGAGACGCACAUCCCAGUCAUCUUCCUGGACCUCAGCGCUGAUGACUUCCGUGAUCAUCUGUCCGCUCCUCUAGCUGGAGGUCUAGAUGCUGCACUCGACAGAGAAGAUAAAGAUGAUUUCAUGGACUUACAGAUAGUCAAAUACUAUGAUAAUGAGGUGAAGACAGAGGCAUCAUGGGACUGCACCGUUCAUGACAGUCCUGAGCUGAAUCGAGUGAAGGGGCCGGAUCACCGGAUUUACCUCACAGUCCGCACCAUGGUUCUGCUCAGUCAUCCCGCACAACUGCAGCUGGUCCUGCGCAAGCGCAUCUGCGUGAACCUCACCGGACGACAGGGCUUUGCUCAAAGUCUGCUGAGGAGAAUGUCUCACCGCAGCUCGAUCCACGGCUGUGGAGUCACGUUUGAGAUCGUCUCAAAUAUCCCAGGGGACAUUCAGAGCUCAGAGGACCGAGAGAUGCUCGCCCGACUGGCCGCCAGCACCGACAACCCAGGAGCCGACAGUGAAGCCGCCAUCGAGAAAUACCUGCGGAGUGUGUUAGCAGUAGACAACAUCCUCACGCUGGACCGUCUCAGACAGGGUGGUUGGGACAGUCGGCAGGAGAUUUCUGUGCUAACAUCAGCCACGAAGAGCCCAUCUCACUCGGCGUCGGUACAAAACCAAAACUCAGAGCCAGGUCUUUUAGGAUUUGCUGCAUCUUAUUUCUCCCCAGUGAAAGCUCUAGUGUCUCCAGUACCCAAAAUGUUCAAGUCUCUGUUGUCCAAGAAAGAGGAGAAGAAAGAGCCUCCUCCUGCUGCCUUUGAGCAGAAUGUGCCACGUAUUGUUGUUCAGUCUGUCAGUCUUGAAGACAUCAACAGCUAUGAACUGACUCCACAGGCUCCUUCAAAAGACAUAUUUCCCAUAUUUCCGGUUAUUCCUGAUAAAGUAGAGACCACUGAAGCAUCCACCAUAUCCUCAGAAACCACGUCUGACAUCCAGAUAAGCCAUGCUAUGGAAACUCCAAUUUCAGAGAAUCCAGAGAAUGUUAAGGAGAUUCUGUUGCAUCGCAUUCCUCAAGAAGUUAAAGAAGUUCCACCUCUUUCUGUUCCUCCAGUGGUUGAGGAAGUUCUACCAUCUAAUCUUUAUCCAGAAGUUGAGGUUCCACAUCCUAAUCGUUCUUCAGAGGUUGAGGAGGUUCUACAUCCAUCUGUUCUUCAAGUGAUUGAGGAAGUUCUACCAUCUAAUCUUUCUUCAGAAGUCGAGGAGGUUCUAUCUCCAUCUGUUCCUCCAGUGGUUGAUGAAGUUCUAGGUCCUAAUCUUUCACCAGAGGCUGAGGAAGUUCUAUCUCCAUCUGUUUCUGCAGAAGUCAGAAAGGUUCCACCUCUUCCUGCUUCUUCAGGAGUCAAAGAGUCUCUACCUCCUAUGGUUCCAUCCGAGAUUAACGAGGUUCCACCUCCUGCUUCUGUAGAGGUUGAAUACCCCAAGCAAAGCCCAGUUGGUGAUUCAACAAACGGCUCCAUCAGUGAUGUCUCAAGUGGAUACAUCUCCACAAGUGUCUCCACAGCGACUCUCUCUGAGUGUGCGGUCUCGAAUGUUGACCAUCCUCUCCUUGACAGCACAGAGGCCAAAAUAGACUCUACUUCCAAAAGGACUGAACCUAAAACAGAGUUUGUUCAGCAUCAGUCAAAACUUGAACCAGCUGACCUAGAACUUGGGAAACGGGCACCUAUAGAAUCCCAGACAUCAGAAGAACAUGGUCAAGUGUCUCCUCUAGAUACAUCUCCUCAAAAACUCCUCAGUGUUUCUGAUUCCUUACCUCAAGAAACCUCUGAAGCCAACGUCUCUUCAUCUUGUUCAGCCGCAUCAGUACCAUCUACACCACUGGCACUACCAGCUGCCUCAAAAGCAACUGAUCCGUCAGUUCCAGUCAAGACAGCUAAGCCAUCAACACCUGACCAGCAAUCAAGACCUGAACAAAACGUCAAACCCAAUCCUGCUCCCACCUCCAACCCUUUCCAAAUCCACAGAGUCAAGACCUCCGGCCUUAAGUCUUUCAAGGGAAUCCUGCAUGAAGAAGAUGUAGAGGGCAAAACUAAACUCGGUAACUCUUUAUCUUCACUGAGUGAGUCUCAAGAAAGACUGGAGAUCCUUUCAGAUUCAGAGGAAAGCCUAGAGACUCCCGACUGGCUGAAAGAGGGGGAAUAUGUGACUGUGGGCACAAAUAAAUCUGGAACAGUCCGUUAUGUUGGACCGACUGACUUUGCAAAGGGCAUUUGGGUUGGAGUGGAACUUGAUGUUCCAGCAGGUAAAAACGAUGGUUCGGUUGGUGGUCGCUAUUACUUCCACUGCAACCCUGGUUACGGCGUUCUCGUGAGACCAAAUCGGGUCAUGAAAGCGGCGGGUACCGCUAAACGGUCGAGGCAGAAAUGCAAGCAGAACCUCUCAGGAUCUAGUCCCAACCUGGCAGCCUUUACAGCGAUGGCCAAAGGAGAAGCUGGAGCAUGCAAGGGUGAAAACAGGAAGUCUUGGGUUAGCUGAGGACAAUGCAUCCUUGUUGAUGGACGUGUACAGAGGACAUUAUUGGUAUGGCACUGAAACACUACACUGAUACUUGCAGGGAUGUAACUGCCAUCUGAUUUACUAAUGCAUAUCUGCACUACAUAGUGCGCAUAGAAAAACCUGUUUCAAUUCUCAGUAAGCAGUAUUUUUGGUAUUAACUCUUUUUAAAAAUGUUUUUUAAUAACACAAAGUGCCCUGUUUACUUGAAGCCAAUGUCAGGGGGUAUGUGCAUGUGGAUGUUCUCUAAAAAAAAAUCAGGAUACUGAUGGAUUCACUUGAGUGCGUCAUUUCAUGAUUUUACAUACAGUAGGUGAAGGUGGGAUGGGUUUUACUUGUGGAGAUUAAAAGUGCCAGACAGUUUUAUUCAUAAAUGAAUGUUUUUACUUUUUAGUGUUAUUAUGGUGAGUUAGUUCUGUAUUUUCUGUUGGUUUGGUACCUUUUGUAUUAUUGUUUUUUCUUUUUUUCUUGAAUGAGUAAUUUAUGAUCAAAUUGUUGUUUAUUUAUUUGCAAAUCAAAGUAAUGACAAA